AUGUUUGACUCAUUAAUUAGUACAAAUUGGCAAAACCAAUUGUUUGCCAAUUUAAAAUCUUUGUUUGGUAUAAUCAAAGAGCAAUUAUCAAAAAAUGUUGUGUCGGAAUCUUCAAUGAUCUAUCCAGUCAAUCCAGAAACUCAUGGAUCACCUCAAGAUCUCAACUUCUCUUCGAAUCAUCAACAAUCACCUCGCAGUCACGAAACUCCAGCCGAUCAAGUACAUCAAGAAGAAAUGGAACCGUCUAUUGCAGAUCAAGAAUUUUUGGAUUCAUCAUCUAAUUUGGACUCGCAAGAAUUUGAAAGUGCUGCUCAAAAUCAACAAAAACGUGGAAUUCGCAGUAGACAAAUAUGUUUCAUAACCGACAUAUCCUCAAGUACACGAAAUUGCCUAUUUGUAACUGAUGAAAAUUCAGGGAUUUCUUUUUUAGUUGAUUCUGGUGCUGUAUGCAGUAUUAUUCCUAGAUCUUGUUUACCAGCUCGUAUAAAACCAGAUCGUGAUUGGAAUAGCAACUUUCAAGCUGCGAACAACACUGAGAUUGCAACUUACGGGACUGCUGCCAUUACUCUAGAUCUUGGAUUAGGACGAGAAUUACCCUGGAAUUUUACAAUUGCUGAUGUUUACCGGCCAAUCCUUGGUGCCGAUUUUUUAGCUUACAAUGGAAUACUUCUAGAUUUAAGAAACGGCAGACUUCUAGAUUCAACUCACUCAUCAUCCAACUGGCGCAACUAUUUAGAUAAAUAUUAUAAGUUUAUUUACAGAAUCAUUCAUAUGAUAUGGAAUUAUUUGUAUGAAUUAAUUGUUUUUUUUAGUCUCUUUUGUUUUCUAAUCAUUUUCAUUAUUUUUCCAAUGUAUUUAGACAUAAGCAUUCAUUCAAUUUUAGAUGAACUUUGCAUUUUAAAUGCAUUGACCUCACGAGCCACAUACCUGCCAUACCAAUCAAAUCUACCUUUUUUAAACAAUAAGUCUGAUUUUUCUUCCGAUUAUGCAGUAAAAUCUGGUUAUCAGCAAUGUUUUGUCUUUCUCCGAAUUAAAAAUUAAAUUUUACUUAAAAGGUAAGUACACUUAAGAAAAAAAUAUUGCUGUAAGAGCAAUACCGGUAGGUUAUGGUAACUAUCUAAACUUUAUAAAAUCGCAGAUUGUUAAUAUAGCAAUACUUUAUUUGCGUAAAGGAUAGGGGCAUGUUCGAAAAUUCACUUUGGAAAAGAAAGAUGCAACUUGUGCGUUCAUAAAUAUUAUCUGGUUGAAUCAGAGGAACAAUGUUAAUACCAUAACGCGUUCAAAAGCUCUACGGAAAAGGUAAAUGCAGUAUCUGGAACAUCCCUGAUUAAGAAAUCUAAUUUGAAAUGAUUUGAAAAAUCAAAAUUAUUUCAUAUUGUAUCAUAUAUAAAAUUAUAAUUUGAAAUAAUUCAAAAUAAUUGCAAUAUUGUUUUCUCAAUUAAUUUGAUUACAAAUGAUUUGAAAGUUCAAAUAAUUUUGAAUCACCCGAGAAACUAAAAUUUGCGAUAUUAUUUACUCAUUCAAAUUAAUUUAAAAUGAUUUUAAAUUGUCAGAGGAACCAAAAAUCUCAACAGUAUUUUAUCAUUUAAUUCAAUUUAAAAUAAUUCGAUGAUUUAUUAAGUCAUUUAAAUUCAAAUCAUAGAAUAAUAUUUCGUUAUUUUUUAAUUCAAUAUGAUUCAAAAUGAUUCGUUCCAAAAUUUAUACUCGAAAGCAAAACAAUUCAGACAAUUUGGAAUGAUUCAAAAUGAUUAAGAGUUGCGUGAUCUCAAAUCAUUUCAAAUUAGAUUUCUUAAUCAGAGAUUUUUUCGUUCCUCUAGUUUUAAUUAAACCACGUGACUUUCCAUUUACUAACCAUAUGGUUAUAGUAGUCCCGACGAAAAAGUCGUCCUAAAAUGGAUAGUGGGGAUGUAGGAAAUUCGUGCUAACCAAUGGCAGUAGGACGACGACUUUUUGGUUGGGACGACUAUAAAUAUUUGUCAAUCUCCAGAGUGUUUUUCUGAACACGCCCUAAAUUGUUAUACUACCUAUCGAAUAUUUUAUUAAAUCAACUAUCUACAUAGAUGGUUGCUACGGCCAGAUGUAUUGUAAUAAUAACUACACAUAUUGAUAUAUUCACAAUCUAGAUUGCUAUAUAACCAUUCGAAUUGCUAAAUUAACAGUUUGGAUUGCUAUAAUAGCAAUCUGUAAGAGUUGUUGAAAUAUCAAAAUACUUUUAUUCAAAAUUGAAGAUAGUUAGGGCCAGUUUUUUAAACCGAGUUUAUUUUUAUCCGGGUUUUAAUUAAUAUUGCUAGUAUAUCUAUAUAUUAAUAAUACAUAGAGAAUGUUUUGCAGUUUUCAAAACUCUACUUCCAUUCUCUGUACGACCAAUAUGUUCUGAGUUAUUGAUUGUCAAAGCCAAAAUGGACUUUUUUGAGACUUUUUAAGGGCGGCCAAUUAAAGGGCAUAAAAUUUCCUAAAGAAGACAUAAGGUCAGAUUAUCAAAAAAAAAUUAUUGAAGCCCCUAGACUUUUUUGAAGACGAGAAUAAAUUUGGAAAUUUUUUUUGCGAUGGUUUUCAUAGGAUUACUCCAUAACCGUGCAUGAUAAAAAAAUUUUAAGUCCAGAUCUGAUAACUAGAAACUUGAGGCUACAAUUUGCUUUUUUGAUUUUUACUCUACGACCAUUUUUCACCGAGUUACAGCAUGUUGAAAAUCACUCAAAAAUUUGGAAUUUUUUUGAUAUCCCUUAAUUUUUGUCACCAGUGUAUAUAGAUAUACCAGCAAUGAUAAUUGAAACCAGGAUUUAAAAUAACCUUGUUUUGAAAAACUGGCCCUUAAUGCAGCAAUCCUGCAUUGGCAAUUUAACGAUACAUUUUGUUAUGACAAUUAUCUACCAUUAGCAAUACUUCAGAUGGUUACGAUAACCACAUUUUUUUUUUUCAGUGGUACAGAGCAUAUAGUAUAUUGCUUUUAACCAGACAUUUUACUUUUCAAAAAUAUAAACAAGCACGAAAUGUUGAACAUUCAUGAAAUGUCUUUAACCAUGAUAGUUCAGAAAGAAAACUAUUGAACGAUAAUUAUUUACUUUAAAUAUCAUACUUACGUCAAAUAUUAUUAGUUAUCAGCUAUUUUUUUCAUGAAAAAAGCAGAAUAUUUGAACAAUAUUUUUUUUUAUUUUAAUUAUAGAAAAUAAAUAAUGCUCAAAUUAUUUUAACUACAAUUUGAGUGCUACACAGAAAAAAAGUAUUUCUUGACGCAAAAAAUAUUUACCCGUCUUAAGAAAAUUUUCGCAUUAUAAAUUAAAAACCAAAAUUUUGUUAAGGCGAUAAAAAGUUUUCUCGGGGCAAAAAAAAAUUUAUUAGGAUGAAAAAAAAUUUCUUGCAUCGAGAAAUUUUUUCUAGUUCUAAGAAAAUUUUUGUCUUCAAUUCAUAAUUAAAAAUAUUUCUUGCGCCGACAAAUCCUUUUUUUCUGUGUUUCCCAUGAAAAAAAUCCACGGGAGAAUUCAUCUUAGAUUCUCAAAUGACAUUUUCGGGUGAAUUCCCCAUAUGGUUUCCUAUAGGAAUUUAGCGUAGAUUUCUAUUUAUAUUCUUAGAUGGAUUCCCAUGGGAAUCCACAUAAUGCAAAAAUCCAAAUGGAAACCUAGUUUAGAUUCCGACCCUAGUAGAAAUGUUCAAUUUUUUACUCGAUUAAGUCUAGCAUCUGGCUAGCGUUCAUAUCUAGUAACUGGCCAGCAAUCGUAUCCAGUAACUGGCUAGUGAAACUAGGUAAAAACUGGAAGUUGCGCCACCUAUAACUGAAUCGUAAACAUUGGUCACACUCAGGGGUAGGACACUCUGACCUCCCACCAUGCCCAAUUUUGUCCCGUCUUUGCGAAACUUAAGAAAAACCCAACGACAAAAAAAAUUCCUUAACAAGAGUUUUAUGAGCGUGGUAGCACUGAAAAUAAUAAUAAUAAGUAAAGCCACAGUGAGCCUUUCAGCCAUUUUGGUUUAUUUUAUCACAAAACUGAAGCAACGUGACACGCUGUAUUGUGAUUUUAUAAAGUGUUUUUUUAAAAAUUGAAUAAAAUUAAAAGAAGAUAAUAGACAUGACUAUUUGUAGUGUUCAUAAUUGCACACACUCCAGAAAAAAUGAUGUAUGUAUUUUACAUCGAUUUACAUCGAAUGAAAAAAUUUGUAAAGAGUGGGUUCGUCUUCUAGGAGAUGAGGACCUUUUGGGCCUUACACCACAAAUGUUGUAUCAAAAAAGAACCGUUUGCGGUUGUCAUUUUACGGACGAUGAUUAUGUUUCUUUCAAAAGAAAGAAACUGAAAAGUGAUGCGGUUCCAUCAAUAUUUGCAACGGAGAUCAUUCCUUUAAAUGACGAGCAAAUGAAGUCUUUUAUGCCUCAAAAUAAUGUGGUUGAAUCUAGCAUAGCUGUUCGAGUUUCAGUGGACCACGAUGACUGGCAGAAUAGUUUGAAUAAACGAAAAUCACAUGCAAUUGAUACUUGUGACUUACAAGUUGCUGAAAAUGAUACGUUUAUUAAUGACGAUAUUGAAGCAAGCCGGACGCCAUUAAAUGUGAUUCAACAAAAAUCUAAAAGAAGAUCGGUAGAUAUGGGUACUAUCGCGACAAGUGUUAGAGAAGCGACUCCUAGAAGGCAGAGAACACGUUCAUCAGAAUUAGCGUUUGAAAUGUUGGAUACGAAUUCAACAGUUCAGAAAGUUUAUCCGUUCCCAUUCAAUGAAAGCAGCAAUAUUAACGGCUUGGAGUAUGUAAAUAUGCAGCAAGUGGUAAAAAAAAAAAAAGGGAUAUCUCAUCAAGCACUAUUAAGGAGAUUGAAUGGUUAUUUAAAAUAUAUGGAGACUUCACCCGCUGAGGAACUGGUUUCCAAAAUUGAUUCAUUAUUAAACAAUUAUUGUAAACCCAUUAAUUUUCGACGUGUGUGCUGAAUUUAUAAGCACGUCGCGUCACAAAUUCCAAAAAAACAUAUUAUUAUACGCCCUUUUGGCCUAUGAAAGUUUUCUAAACCUAUAAGGGCGUAUAAAAAUAAGUCAUUUCUGAAUAAGUAACGCGACAGAAUGUACGCGCACUUUGAAUUGUAAAUAUUUUUUGAAUUUAUAAUCGUGUUGUGUGUAUACAUAUUUAUAUAUAUUUUUUUCAUUAAUUACUUAAAUAACACUAAAUUGUAAAUAUUUUAUACAAUUGCAAGCGCAUUAUAUGUAUAUUAAUCUUAGCGCGCGAAUUUACAUUUCUUGGCAGUCAAUCAUUUAUUAGGUAUAAAGUUGUAAAUAUUUGAUUAAAUUACGAACUAGUAAAAUUGUUAGUAAAGUUGUUACUAUACUUAUUCAACAACAAUGUAAUAUUUUAAACCGACAAGUGAAAUUUGACGAACAAAAGGCAGCAAAUGACAGGAAAAUCUCUGAACUUAGUGGUAAAGGCAAAUGAACUGUUAGCUGGUUUAAUUUGGAGCGUUACGUUGUCUCAUGAAGAUUUUAAUGUACAGGCUUCGAGUGAUUUCCCUAUAUGAGACAUUUUAAUAUUACAAAUAUUUAUUUUCAAUUAUUUUCAUAUCUUGUUCGUGAUUGAUUGUUAUACAAUAAAAUUUAAUUUAUAUAUUUUUAUAA